CUUUUUGCAAGUGUUAAACCCAAACCUUAGUCCCCUAUAAUCGUUCAAAGAAAUAUUGCCUUGAGGGACAAGUUCCAACUUUAUCUUGUAAACAUUGCUUGAAUGCCAGUGUGAUUGAAAUAAAAUUCGACAGUGUUAUCUCCUUUCAUCAUCAGUUCCUUGUAAUCUUUCACCAAAUUUCUCCCCGUUAGAUAAUUUUAACUAAUCAUUUUAGAUUAAUUUUUUAAAAUAAGCUAGUUUAACUAUACAUAAUCAAACCUGACGGUUCUAAUCUUACUCGAGGAGAAACACGUACAAUCUUUUGUUCACCAAAACAUCUGCUGCCCCUUUCAGCUGAGAAUCUUGUUUGGUCAUUGCUCAUGCCAGCUUCCAAAUCCAAAACCCUAAGCUCUAUGUUUCGCUCCGCCAGUAAAAUAUCAAAGCAAUGGAAAUCCGCUGCCCCUUCUACCCCGGCUGAGGAUAUUGCCCUAAAACAGUACGUCUCCUCCAUUAAAUCGCCAUCUUCAUCUCGGACUACUGAUUGUUCCAAGUCUCUCAGUGAAAUAGCCGCCGAAAGCCUGAAUUUUAAGUCAGCUGCUGAUUCUGGAGAAUCUGCAAAAGUGCUAUCAGGAGAAAUAUCGUCGAUACUAUGUGGUGAUUUAGAUUAUGAUUUGAUCGAUUCAGAAACGAGUAGCAACACAAGUUGUUUGGAAACUGUAUUGGAUGUACCAUGGUUAUCAAAUAUAGAUAGAUCCAAUAAGUCAUUACGGCGGAAAGAAAUAGCACGAGAAAGGAAGGAAAUAUGGACAUUCAAGAGUAGUCAGACAAGCCGUUUCCACCAGUUGGUUAAACAAUGUGCCUGUAAAUUGGGGACUGAUACUACCAUUAAAGUGUUUGGUAAAUUGGGACGAGAAACUGGCCUGAAAGAAUAUAAUGCUCUAAUAAGACUCUGUAUAGAGAAAGCCAGAGAAACAAAUGAUGAAGAGGUGUCGUUGAAGCAGCUUUCAAAAGCUUAUCAACUUCUUAAAUCAAUGAAGGAACAGGGUUUCCAAGUAAAAGAGGAGAGCUAUGGUCCAAUUCUUAUGUAUUUUAUUGAUUUUGGCAUGGCACAGGAGUUUGACUUUUACUGUGAGCUCAUAAUAGAUAGAAAUUCUGAUUCACUUGCAAGAUUAGCUUACUAUGAGAUGUUGCUUUGGAUUAAAGUUGAGAAUGAAGAUAAACUAGAAGAACUCUUCUAUCAUCUUUCACUUUAUGAUGGCGACGAUAAAUCCUCCUUUCAAGAAAACUAUCUGUUAGCACUGUGUGAAGAGGACCGUGUUAAAGGUUUUGUGAGGCUCCUACACACUGUUGAUAUAACAAAAAUUUCAUCUAUGAAUUGUGUCACAAAUAUAUUCAAGUUCUUGGGGAAGUUGCAACUGGAGUCCUUCGCAAAGAAGUUACUUCAGGAGUUAGUAACAAUAGAUAUUGGAGCAGAAAACAUCUCAAAGUUCAUUUACAAUUAUACAACUAGCAUGCCAAAUUUUGCGCUUGAAGAUGUGAUGCUUGAAUUCAAAAAUUUACAUGCUGAGUUGGAGCUUACACCAACAUCUUCCCAAUAUCAGAAGCUUAUUAUGUACUGUUGUGAGUUAUUUAAGGUACAUGUUGCACUUGAUAUGGUUGAUCAGAUGUUUGAAGCGGGUGUGACGUUAACGUUGGACACAUUUAAUUCCAUACUAGAUGCCUGCGAUAGAAGCUGUGAGUAUAAUUUGGUUCAUCGAAUAUAUUCAAUGUUACUUCGCCAUGGUCUCAAGCCAGAUAGCGAGACCUUCAGGAUAAUGAUAAAUAUGACUGUGAGAGCAAAAGAUUUUGAAGGUGCAUAUGGCAUGAUCGAAGAUUUGAAGAAAUUUGACGUGAUGCCUACCACUAGCAUGUACAAUUGCAUAAUGGCAGGAUAUUUCCGGGAGAAAGACAUUCAUGCUGCACUAAAGGUUCUCAAACAAAUGGAAGAUGCUAAUGUGAAGUCAGACUCUCAGACUUUCAGCUAUCUGAUAAGCAAUUGCACAAGCGGAGAUAACAUAUCUAAGUUUCUUGAUGAGAUGAAAGAUUCUGGAGUUCAAUACACAAAGCAUGUAUAUAUGGCCCUAAUAAAUGGAUAUACAGCGUCUGGACAGUUUGAAGAGGCUAAACAGGUAAUCUAUGAUCGAAGAGUACCUGUAAAGAGCUUCAAUGAAAUCAGAAGUGCGCUUAUUUCAGCUCUUGCAUCACAUGGACAAAUGCUUGAUGCCCUUAAAAUAUAUGAAGAAAUGAACAAAGCUCAAUGCAAGUUGGAGCCAAAAACAAUCAUAUGUCUCAUUGAACACCUUCAGUCUGAAGGAGAGUUGCAUAGAUUGCUGCACUUGCUUGAGCAACUAGAUGGCCUGGAUCGUUGGGUUGAUGCUUGCUUUAGGGUCAUAACAUAUUGUGUUCGGCACAACCACUUGAGAUCUGCUGUUGACUUACUCAAAAAGCUGGUAGAUGCAUACAAGAACGAUGAAGUGGCUAAAGAAGUUCUGUUUGAUGAGGUUUUCUGCCAGAUUGCGAUAAAUGAACCAACAAAUUUGCAGUUCGGCUUGGAUCUCCUUCAGGCUAUUAAGAAAGAGAUUGGUGUCCGCCUUUCAAGAAAAAGUCUUGAUUUCCUCCUCAGUGCGUGUGUCAAUGCCAAGGAUUUACAAGCUUGUUCUCUGGUUUGGAAAGAAUACAGAACAGCUAGUCUUCCUUACAAUGUUUUAAGUUUUGUGAGGAUGUAUCAAGCCUUGUUGGCAUUAGGGGACUACAAAUCUGCCGCAAAUAUUUUCAAUAAAAUACCAAGGGAUGAUAUUCACGUUUGCAGUGUACUCCAAGCUUGUCAAGAAACUUAUGGAAAAUCUGUUUCCGCAAAGGGGAAAAAGAAGAAAAACAAAAUUGGAAAGAGUGUGAGAUGUGAACAGUGGAGUUCAUAGAUGAUUUAGAAAAUUCUUAGCAAUUGCUUGAGAUCAACUUUUUGCAGAUCAUGUAGAUGUACAACUUUUAGUGCUGAGAACUCAUACAUUGGGCGUAGAGCUCUAUGUUAGUCCAGCUUUAGAAUUGCCCAGAGAUUCAACAUCAAGUUGGAAGUGGAUCAAGAGAAACGUGAGACACUUAUUUUGACUUCUGUUAUCAUGGAUUUAUAGCCUAUGAUCAUUUGAAACAUUGAAGGGAACUUGCACUGGAACGUAUAAAGGACUAAGAAUCAAGUGGUGCAGAUGUCUUGUUUCAUUUUGAAGAGCAAGGAGAGAAUCUGAAACAUGUGUCCUCCCGAGGUUUUAGUUCUCCCUUUUCCCAAAAAACGAGUUCUCUGUAGAAUCAUAUGUUAAUUUGGAAAUCAGGUGUAUGAUAGUUUCGUAUUUGUAAUUGGUCUAUGAUACACACAUUUAGCCUUCAAAUUUCCUACCUGAUAUUUUCGAUGGUUUAGUAGGCCUUACCUGUAUUUUCAUUUUGUAGCUAGUCAUCUUGUCUGGUGCUAACAUUUCAGACCAUUUGGUUUAAACCUUAUGUUAAUGGAACGAUUGUGAAAACACCAUAGCCUGUAAGGUAUAAACCCACAUGGAGAAUAAGAAAACAGGGCAUAUUGGUCUGCCUGUGGUUUUAAGCAGAA